UGCAAUUAUUCAGCCAAUGAGUUAUAUAUUUGAUUCCCGGUUCAUGAAUUCUUCAUCCUAAGUUUCUUCACACACAUAAAGAGAUCGACAGAGAGAAUGGAGAGUCAAACUCAAACUCAACCUCAUAUCCUAGUACUUCCAUACCCUAUACAAGGUCACAUAAACCCAAUGUUCCAAUUCUCAAAGCGCCUAGCCUCAAAGGGUCCUAGAGUUACAUUAGUAGCUACCACCACUAUUAGUGAGUCAGUGAAAGCCAUAGCCAGCCACACUAUCAACGUAGAAAUCAUCUCUGAUGGCUCUACAGAAAGUAAAACUUUUGAUACCAGUGACAGUGAUGAAUACUAUGAAAACUUCAGAGUGACAGUCUCUCAAAGCUUGACAAAGCUGAUUGAAACCCAAAAAAGUUCCGAACACCCUCCAAAAUUUGUUGUGUAUGACGCAGUCAUGCCAUGGGCUCUAAACAUAGCUCGGGAACUAGGCUUAGAUGGUGCUCCGUUUUUCACUCAGUCUGGUGCUGUUAACGCAAUCUAUUAUCAUGGCUAUAAAGGAACACUAAAGUUGCCCUUAGAAGAGCCUACAGUAUCACUGCCCUCGAUGCCAUUACUGGGAGCCAAUGAUCUACCUUCUUUCAUGGCUGAUACUGGCACAUACCGAGCUUUAUUUAGCACCUUAUUGAACCAAUUAUCGAAUAUUGAUGAAGCAAAUUGGAUCUUUUGUAACACCGUCCAUGAGUUGGAAGAUGAGGUACUGAAUUGGAUGACAAGCCAAUGGCCUGUUAAAACUAUUGGACCAACUAUUCCAUCAAUUUACUUAGACAAGCGGUUGGAAGAUGACAAAGAGUAUGGCCUUAGCUUGUUUAAGCCCGAGAUGGAUGCUUGCAUGAAGUGGCUAGACAUGAUGGAAGCUGGCUCAGUCAUUUAUAUAUCAUUUGGAAGCUUGGCAUCCCUUGGAGCAGACCAAAUGGAGGAACUAACAUUGGGAUUGAAGAAUAGCAAUUGCCACUUCUUAUGGGUAGUUAGAGAUUCAGAACACAAAAAGCUUCCAGCUAAUUUUGUACAAGAAACAACAGAAAAAGGGUUGGUUGUGAGUUGGUGCAAUCAACUUGAAGUAUUGGCUCACAAGGCCAUUGGGUGCUUCAUGACUCAUUGUGGAUGGAACUCAACGCUUGAGGCAUUGAGCUUGGGGGUGCCAAUGGUUGCUAUGCCACAAUGGACAGAUCAAAGAACUAAUGCAAAGUUCAUUGUAAAUGUGUGGAAGGUAGGGGUUAGGAUUAAACUUGACGAAAAAGGCUUUGCUAACAAAGAAGAAAUAGAGUUUCGUAUAAGGGAAGUAAUGGAAGGAGAGAGUGGGAAAGAGAUGAAAAAGAAUUCAAUGAAAUGGAAGAAAUUGGCUAUAGAGGCAGUGAAUGAAGGUGGAAGUUCAGAUAAAAACAUAGAGGAGUUUGUGAAAAAGUUAUAAAUUUUGGCCAAUAUGACCAAAAUUUAUUGAACCAACCACCAUAUAGUAAAUUUAUUCCCUAGAAAUGUGUACCCACCUAAAAACCGGGCUAUUCUGAACUAUUUCGGUUGAUACAAAUCAUUCCGUCUUUUUUAUAAUUAUUUAUCCUUAUUGUGUAAUGAAUAAAUUAAACUCUUUGUUUGUGUGUUUAA